CGCUUUUUAGCAGUGGCGGUGAUAUGCAGCAAAUUUUCGCUUCUAUUAACGCGCGUUUAACCCGUUCGAAAACGCAACAAAGUCACAAAUAAUAAACACAAAAUAAUAAAAAAUAAAAGAAAACAUAUUUUGUCGUUUCAAUUUGGCGGUGUAUGUACAAAUGUUUGUGAGUGUGUUCAAGGGAACAAUCAACUGCAAACGCACCAAUUUAAAACGCGUCCAAAUACCUCUCUCUCUCUCUCUUCUUCUUCGCCGGAUAUAAGUGUGACUGAGGCCAUUCGCGCGUUGUUAUGUGUUUGUUUGUAUGUGUCCAUGUGCUUAAACAAAAUAAAUGCGAAAUUUAUGUAAACAGAUUUCAAAAAGGAAGUCAUGUUUUUUAAAAAAAAGUUAAAUAAAUUAAUUACUUAAAACAAAAUAUUUUAUGAAAAUCAAAAUUGCAUUGAAAUUUUACAGAUCCUGCAUUAAAACAUAGAAUUAUUCUUUGAAUAUCAAAGGAAACAGCUGCAAAAGUAGUUACGUAAAUAAAUCGUUUCUUACAAAACAAGUUACGCCCCAGCUAAAAUCAAUGAGAAAAAAGCAAAUAAAACAACAGAAAAAUACAUCUGAGAAUCGUGAAGCCAAUGUUCUUGGAGAAAAAAGAAAACAACAAUUAUUUAGUGUUUAAUUAAAUAUUAUUGCAAGAAAAAAUUAACAUAUGCUUAAGGAAUAAUAAAAGCCCGAUCUGGAAUUCCAUUUCACCGGAGUACCCAUUAUGAAAUAAAGAAAAGAUAAUCAUUACCAAAAAACAAAAACACACACAAUAAACAAAUAACAGAGCACCAACACCAACCACAGCACAACGGCAGCGAGCAGCAACAGCAGCUAAACGGAACGGAGACGACUUUGUCUCAACGCAGUCGUGUUACGUAUGCGAAAGGGAACGGUUACAUCAAACGUUGAAAGAAAAUAUAUUUUUUAAUAAAAUAUCGGAAGAAAAAAUAACAUGAAAAAUUAAAAAAAAAAAAUACAAAAUAAAUAAAAAUAUUAAAAAAUUUCAAAAAGUGAAAAAUGAUUUAAAAAUUAAAGAAAUAUGCAAAAAAUAAUUCUACAUUUUAUUGAAAAGUGAAGUGUCUAUUGUGAAAUAAGCAAUCAAAGUUACGUUUGAAUUUUCAUAAAGUGCAAAAAAUAAAAAAAAAAAUAUUCGUAAUUAAAUUUUCUUGCAAAAUAAGAAAAAUUAAAGAAAAAAUUAUUCGGAAAUAAUUGCCGAUAUUCUAUAAUGUCUAAAAGUGCCACUGAGCAAUUUCAAAUUAAAAAGAAAAGAAAACAUCCAUUAAACGGUCCAGCCGUUGUUAUUUCAAACACUGCAUCGCCAGUUAAUCAAAAUCAAGAUAUUCAAACAGAUAAACUACUACCCAGUUUUAAGCGUUACGUCAAAGACAUCACAUCGGACGCCAUCAUCAAAGAGAAUUUCUCAGAAUUCCAAAUUGAUGACAAGUUUCUGAAUCAUUCGUCGUUGUAUUUCAAACCAAUUACAGCUGGUGACGAAACUGCAGACAUCUAUUUAGAUUCGGAUUGUAUAGCUGCUGUGGCGGCGACAGGCAAAUCGCACGCUGUUGCCACACCCCCUCAGAACAAUCUCAACAGCACAGGCGUUGGAGCAGAAGCACCAGCAGCAGCUAUAUCGUUGUCCACAAACUGUUUACGUGACAACGUGCAGGCACAAUCAUUGCUACGGGGAAAAUCGUUUACAUCCAAUAAGGCCAACAACAAGACAAUGCCACUGCAACACGGUUUCUAUGCCAGAGGAGCCUCGGCCAGCAAAAGAGCCUUGAAAUCAGCAAAAGUGCAGUCGAAUUCUCCAACGUUGACGAGUAGACAGCCGACAACAAGGGAUGCGAAACGACCCCGACAUUCUUUGGGUGCCAACGCGGCAAUUGAUGAUAAUGUGAAAACUCUUUCACAGUCCCUGAUGACAGGACAAACGGCUGACAAACUACACUUUUCCUAUCUGGUGGGUGAGUCCUUAGCCCGUCAUGGCCGGCUGCAGGAGGCCUUCGACAUUUAUGCCCUCAUAGCCAGUGAACAACCCAAAGGAUUUAUACCCCUGGAAAAACUGAAUGUUUUGGCUACAGCUCUGCUGGAAUACAUACGAAUGCUAAGCAGCAGUUCCAAAAAGUCCAGUGACAGCCCUGACAAAACUGUGUCGUUGACUACAAAGCCCCGUGACGAUAUACCACAACUGACCAAUCUUUCCUCUACCACAUCCACGAACCACUCUGGCCCCUCAAGUCUGGCUACACCGUGGCAACUUGCAGCAGGUGCAUUUAAUGCCAAUCAAGGACACUCCAAUUUAAUAACGGAUAAUCCAACAUUAGCUACAACUGAGAAUUUAGAUUUGCACAAUCCUUCGCGAGAGCUAGCACGCAACAAAAGUCCCGUACUUCUGGACGAUUGUGAUCCGCUGUUGUGUCCGCUGUGUCGCGAUAUCUUACGUUGUCCGGUUACCGCGAACUGUGGUCACACAUUUUGUCGUCAAUGUUGUGAUACCAUUACCAUGUGUAACAUUUGCCAUAUUCGAUUUCCGCGUCUGCACAAGGAAGAACCAAUAACGGAAACAUUGAACUUGACCACUCUGUCGACAGCAACAAGUACUACUACUAGCAGCAGCAGCAGCAGUAGUAGUCGAACAAUGAGCGGUUUAACAGCGAGUGUACAAAAUUUCUCAAACUCCCAGUCGCAAUCACUUUUCUCAUUUAGUCCAACAAGCGUUGUAACCAAUAGCAUUGACAAUGCAUUGGGUCCCAUGGCCAAUGAUGAAAUGUCACGUCUACGCCUUGUCACAUCGCCGCCAUUGACGCCAACAUUGGCCGGAUCUCCGACAACGGUAACGACCACUACCAUUGCAUGCACUACCGAUACGGCUACAACGACAAUGGCUGCUACAUCUUCGUCUACGCUGAGUACUGGCUCUCGUGGCAGUUCCAGCUCCAAUGAUAAUAUGAAAUUUAUGCCCGACGUGUUGGUGAGACGUUUGGUUGAGAAAUGGUGGGGACCCGAUUUGCAAGCGAGAAAAAUUCUAGAGACAGCAACAAGUUAUAUGCAUUUACAUUUUCUCGACGAUGCAUUGAAAUUCUGUAACGUCAGUUUAGAGAAAGCGCCUUCGAAUUUUAAGAGCCUUUUGUUGCGUGCCGAGGUGUUGCGAAAAAUGAAUCAUUACCAGAGCUCAUUGGCCGAUGUGGAUAAUGCUUUGAAAUCACGUUAUACAUCUGCCAAGGCUCACUAUUUACGUUCCUUGGCUUUGAGCGAUUUGGGUCGCUACGAAGAAGCUCUUUAUGAAAUAUGUUUAGCCAUUAAUUUGGAUAAAUCUUCAAAUCUCAGCAGUACUGAAUUAUUUCAGCAUGAUCUCACGAAGAUACUCCAAAAACUUCUCUCUCAAACGCCGAAAUGCGUUAAAUUGGAUAUGGUAAGCUCUUCGCUACGUUCCAAGUGCCCCGGCUAUGAUUUUCCAGCCCGGGAGCAUCGAAUCAAACGAAGAAAUAUCAACGCACAAGAUGAGGAAACGCUGCAGGCAGCAAUCUGCGAAGAGGAUGAUUUCCUAUCGGCCAACUAUGGCAAAGAAUGUGAUAUACUAAUGACGGAAGAUGAUGUCCUGUCGUGUCGGGAUUUUCUCAACUGUGCCGAUAAACGUUAUACCUAUGCUAGCAUAGCGCGUAAAUAUGAAAUGGAGCUAAAGCGACAGACGUCACGAAAACAUUUUCGCCGGAAAUGGACACCAAAGGAAACAGAACUUUUGCCGAUUGUGGAUGUGGAGAGUGCACGUUGCAGUGGACAAUUCCGCAAUGUUUUGGAGCGUUUGCAACAGGAGUUUGUGAGACUGAAAAAAUCCUCGCCAGAAUAUGCCAUGAAACAAUUGAUAUCUGUUGCACCCUCUCUCAUUGAUGCCAGUGACUUUGAUUGCGUCUUGUGUUGCCGCACUUUCUGGAAACCGGUGGUGACACCCUGUGGCCACACCUAUUGUUUGGUGUGUCUGGAUCGCUGCAUGGAUUAUACCUCAUCUUGCCCGCUGUGCAUGUCACCGUUGGUAGAGCCAAGUGUAAAUAUGGUACAGGGUGCCUCAUCGCCUGUGCCCUUGAUAUUGACCAAAAGACCGGUAACCAAAUUUCUUGAGGCCGCCAUGAAACGUUUCAUUCCAGAUAGCUACCAAAAACGUUUUCGCCAAGAAAUGAUAAUGGAACCGUCGGUUCCAAUAUUCAUUUGUACCACAGCAUUCCCAUCGGUCCCCUGUCCAUUGUUCGUCUAUGAGCCACGCUAUCGUCUGAUGGUACGACGAGCCGUCGAAUCGGGUGACAAACAAUUCGGCAUUGUCCAACAGCAUAGUGGUAAGGCCCGUUAUCACGAUUAUGGUUGCAUGCUGGAUAUACGAGAUUGUGUGCUACUGGGCGAUGGCUGUUCGAUUCUCAGCACAAUGGGUUGUAAACGAUUUAAGAUUUUGGCGCGCAACGAAAAAGAUGGCUAUGAAACAGCUAAAGUCGAGUACAUACAUGAUGAGGCCAUACCCGAUGAACAUUUGUCCUAUGUAAAAAGUAUGCAUAAUAUUGUGCUGAACAAAGCCAUAGCAUGGUAUGAGAGCCUGGGACAAGAUCUUAAGCAUGAAAUAUUACAGAGCUAUGGUGAAAUGCCAGUGGUUGAGGAGGAUUGGUCGAGUCGAGAAGAUGGACCGGCUUGGGCGUGGUGGGUAAUUGCAUUGUUGCCCUUGAGACCACAACUGAAGGUUGAUAUUUUAGCCACGACAUCGCUGGAGAAACGUCUACGUGCCAUAGAGAAGACAAUACAUUCAAUGCCCGGCAAUUAUCAUUAUCAGAGAGUAUCGCCAAAUGGCAAUGUGGCUGUUGUGGUUCACAGUCAACAACACAGUCAUAGCAAUUUAAAUAGUCCACGUCAUGAGAAUGACGACGAGGAGGAUGAUGAUCUUGAUAUGAGUAACGAGCAUGUGAUCUUGGAUGAUGAAAAUGACAAUGGAGAUGAGGAAAUGGAAGAGGAGGAGGAUUUGGAUGUGGAUGUUGAAGGAACAACAAUAGAACAUCAUAUACAAAAUCUGGAUGAUAAUGAUGAAAAUAUCAAUAAUGAUGAUAUCGAUGGUGAACUGAUACAAAAUCAUCAUCAUCACCAUGAUCAGCAAGAGCAUAUGAGCCCAAAUUCCAUGCAACAAUAUUCUCAGCGGCAUCAUCGACAAAGGCACCAUAAUCAUCAUCCUCAUCAUCACCACCGGCAUCAUCAUCAGCUACAUCAAAAUCCAUUGCAGCCCCAGGAACACUUUGAAAAUGUCGACAAUGUCGAUGAAUGCUGUCAACGCACAACAACAAGUUUGGUACAACAUGUCUUAAGCAAUGAUCAGUCACAGGACAACCAUCAUCUUCAUCACACCAAUGCAAAUGCUGAACACCUUAAUAAUCAUCACCACUCGUAUGAGAAUCAUCGUCGUCAUGCAGCUCACUCUUUAUUAUUAUAAAUUGAAUAGAAAAAAAUGAUAUGUAAAUGUAUGGAAAUCACGGUGGAGAAACCUGAUUUCCUCCACACCUUGCAAUGUUCCAUUGACUUUAUUAUAAAACCAGGGAACAUUUCUGAUAUAACUAGAAUUUAAGAAUAUUUUCGAACCCAACCUCAUUACAUUUAAUACAGGACAUAAGAAUAUAUGUAUGUGUAUGUAAAAGUGUACUGAUACUGUACACAAUCUAUGUAUCUAUCUAUCUCUCUUUCUCUUUGUAGAGUAGGGUAUUCAGAAUACCAAACUAUUUGUUAAAUGUCUGAUAUAUCUAAAACAAAUAUCUAAGUAUAUAGGUGUGUAUGUAUGAAAGUGUAUGUCUUUAUCUAUAUUAUUUAGAUUUCGAUGUAUGUUUGUAUAUUUGGAUAUUGUGAUACCUACAAGAGCAACAUAAGCAAAUCCUUUCUUAUAAGUAAAUAUAUUUAAGGUAAAUAUACAUACAGUAACAUAUAUUAAAAAAAAUCCAAACUUAUUGGCAAUCCAAAACCAUUUUUUAUAUUUUCCAAUUUUUCCAUGUGUAAAAAGUAAAUAACAAAAAGAAAGAACAUGCAAAUUAAUAAUAUUGUAAACAAUAACAAGGUUAUUUUUUUAAAUAGAUGCCUGACAAUGGAGCAUAUUAAUUAAAAAGGAUUUACUGUUUAGAUUGAGAUGAGUUAAGACUGAAAUUGUUGGCAAAAAUAUCUAAAAUUUAAUUUAAGUGAAAUUUGCUCCACACAUUUUUUUAUUAAAGAAAACUCCAUUUUAUGUUUUUGAUAUAAGUUUUUUAUUUAACAAACAAAUAUAA